CUUUUAAGGGCUCCCAGAGUCAGUUAAGUGUGUUUAUGAUGGAAAAUAGUGCACCACAGAGUGAAUAAUAGUGGAAGGAAAAAUGGAAAGACAGAAAUGUUUAAGCAGUUACACCGCCUUCUCGGGAUCGCUAUGAUCAGGGAUGAUGACGUUGGAACAAGAGCGCGAGGACCCUAAGGGGGCCGCUGGAGGAGAGACGAGCCAACCGGACCCUCGACCUGGGCCCCAGAGCUUCCAGCCCUCCCAGCCCGCCCAUCAUGCCCGCCUAACCAACCCCCACAUCCCGUCGAGCCUCAUGAAGCCUGGCCAGAAUCCGCGGCGCCCUCGAACUCCCGUGAGACAGCACCAGGUUGACUCCCCUACCUCUGUCCCAGAAGUUCGGCCAAGUUCGCGCCAGGGUCAGCAGCAACAGCAGAUUCCUUUUCCAUCACUUGCCGAAAAAAGGCCACUAAAUCAAACCAAAAAAAACUUUCUGGCACAAACAGCAGUGCUGGGGCAGGGACCGGCAAGAUCAGAGCAAGAACAGACGCACAGGGCCGUGCUGUGUCAGGAUAGAAAAAAAUCACUAGGGUCAAUAUUCACGCCGAAGGUAACGGGAGACGCGACCGGGAGACGAGGCAGUGAAACAGGCUUGGGUCAGAAACUGAAAAAGAUGGCGUGUGAGGUUGUGGUGCCCCCUCUCCCUCCUCCUCCGGACCCGAGGGUCCAGGCACGCGUACCGCCUCAGCCGGUCAGCCUGGAAAGCAUCGAAAGUGUCAAUCUGAUGGAUCUCUCGAGUGACACGGAAAAGGACGUCGAUAGUGUACUUUUAGAACACAAACCUUUGAGUGACGCAGCUCCAUGUGUCAUGAACAUGGAACUUAGUGCCAUAUCAGCUUCUUGUCGGGUGACCUGCACCCCCCUCGCCUCCCCCUUGCGGGCAGCAAACACAGUAAGCUCAACAUUCACAUCAACAUCUUCCUCCACUACCGUUCCAUCGCGUGCUUCAAGAAGAAAAUCUUCAACCCUGCUGUCUCCCGUCACCGUGGGCGUGUCCAUCAUGGGCACACUCAGUUCAACGGAGGCAGUGCCGUUUACAGAGCCACUAACCGCCGACAUGUCCCUCGUCGGUCCCCUUAACACGGCUGACACAGUGCCGCUCCUGUGUCCGUCGGCGUCCACGGACAGUACCCAGACAGAGGAGGAAUUCAGUGCUAGCAUCGUGCCAGACAUCUCCCUCACCAAAAGAUCCUCACUGAUCACACCGCACAUCACAGCCUCCGGCACUUCCAUCAGUCCAUCUGUAACUCUCCCUCCUCCAGCCAUUUCUGCGGCUCUUCCAUCAGGAGACCCGGUGGAAAGCUUCCCGCCUCCCGUCCCGAGAGCGACAGAGUCUCCCGGCCAAUGCUCUUGCGAUGCAUCGGCGAAACCGAGCAUAGCGUCGCCCGCGCCCCUUUCAACCCCCGACCUCAGAAUCGACAUGUUCGAGGCGGACUACCCGAGCGACGGAUGGCUGCCGGGAGGAGGGGAUGGAGCUAUGGAAGUCGGGUCGCCUCCGGCCGCCCCCGCUGGCUUCCCGGCCAUCACGCCAGAGGACUUGACGCCCGCUGAGCUGCAUGAAUUCGACAUGAAAUACGGGUCCCCUCACCACGCUCAUUCGCGCUCCAUCAAGUCCUUAACACGGCCCACACUUCUCGCCUUGCCGCCAGAGAAGCCGAGAUUCGUAGCGCUUCCCUUAAACGGGGAUGAUGACGAGGACGACGACUACUACCGCCUCAGGCACUUUUCAAUCACCGGCCGCCGCAUCGUCAACCGAGGCGAUUCUUUCAAGUCACGAAGAACACGCUCCAAUACCAGUGUAGCGUCGGACGCAUCGAGGUGGGUUAUUAGGGAAUCAUGAUAGGGUUAAAAUUAAGAAUAACUCGGCUAAUGUCAUAGCUCUCUGCAUUAUGUUAAGCAUCCUGUAUAUGUAAGUGCACUGGCCGCUUUAUUAUUUAAUAUAUAUAGGCUAUUUAGCAGUAGUAUGAGACAGGUAUCUGUUCCAAAUGGAUGUUUUGUUUAUCAAGCCUCUUUUUUCUUGUUUUUGAUAUGUGAUUUGAGUAAUAUUACUAGCGUAACUUUAUAGUCUUUAACAAUGAAUGAAACUGGAUACUUUACAUACAAAAUGACCCAUUACUUGAAUCAGUUACGUUACUGGUAAUGAAUUAUAUAUUGAAACAAAAAAUAAAAACUGCACAACAUUUAA